AUUCUGUUCUUAAAAGAACUAAAGUGAACACACACCCUAUAUUGCACCAUUUUUAACUAAUGAAAUUACUGUAUGGACACGUGCAUCUCAGACAAUAAGAUGUGAGAAAAACAAAGGGAUCAUCACCAUCUCUCGCACGCAGAAAGUGCUUAACUCUGAAUAGAAAUGUAAGUGUAAUUAAUGACCCCACAGCACUGAAUCAGCGGUGUAUAUAAAUGAUUAGCACUGGGGUAGACAGUAGUUCGCGGUUACGCGCAUGCCCUCUCCGAUUUAUUUUCUUUUCAGCCUGAUUUUCCACCCUCAACGCGGAAGUCGGUGGACAUGACGCACGCUAUCAGAUGGGGACCGUGAAAUAAAAACAAACAAAAAACAUCGCUUGUGCAGACGGGGAAAACGAGAUUUGGAUUAGUGGUUCUCUCCAUCAUGCCGGUGCUGGUGGACAGUCUUCAGCUUCAGAGAGUGUGAGCUCCACUGAACUGCGGGGAUGAACAUGCCAUUGCACCAAAUCUCUGUCAUCCCUCGUGAUGUCACUUCCUCCCGGGUGUCAAGCAGCGGGAAGGCAAAGGAAAAGGACAAACAGAAUGAGAAACCGCUUGGUCAUUCUGCAAGCAGGUCCAGCAACAUUUCAAAGGCUGGAAGUCCGACCUCUGUGAACACACCCUGCAGCUUUCCCAGGACUUCAGUGACCCCCUCGAACCAGGAUAUAUGCAGUUCUAAUGACCUCGCUCAGGACCAGAAACCUUUACAGUCCACUGUAGUGCUGUUGAACUCUAAUGGUAAAAGCUCAGCAUCUCAGGGUGUCACCAUGACAACGCUCUGCCUGGACUCCCCCAACAAACCCAAAAAUAGAACCUUGUUUGGCACAGAAUGGCUCACCCUACUCAAACCAUCAGUCAACUUGAAACCAGAAGGAGGCAGUCUCAAGUUCUCAAAGUCUCUGAAUGACGUGGGACAAAAGAUGGACAGCCUGUGCAACGGUCUUCACUUUAUAGACCGCACGUGUUCAGAUGGGGAGCUGGGAGCGGAGAUGGAACAGCUUGUGCAAGACAGCCACAUCAAAGCACUCAAUGGUCAAGCCAGCUAUCCUCCUCCAUUUGCUUCUCGGCCUCCAUCCUUCCUCAACAACUAUAAAUACAUCUCUAGCCCAGGGCCUGAGCACUGCCUGGCUCCCCCUGCUCCUCCCCAUUCAGAUCUUCAAAGAAGCUCCAACUUCCUGCGUCUCAUCUUCCCGUUCACCCGCUCGUCCACCGCAGGAAGCCUGCAGGCAUCGGAGAUGGGAAGCUACGCUUCAAGGCUGCACAUCGGCAAGUCAUCCAGUGCCAUGCUGGAUGUCAACGAGUCCUGCUGUAUGGAGGAGAUGGGAGAUGACGAGGUGUUUGAAGAGGACUCGUCCCGCUGGAAGCUGAAGACUGAGGGCUUGCGGGUUCCUCUUUGCUCCCUUGAAGAGGACAGCGACCUGGAUCAAUGCUGCUCUCCACUGUCUGAGAAAAAUGGGCCUCUGUCGCCCUACUCCCUCUCGGGGGACUGCUGCAGGAUUUGUCACUGUGAGGGGGAUGAUGAGAGUCUGCUGAUAACACCCUGUCACUGCACUGGGAGUUUGCGGUUUGUCCAUCAGGCCUGUCUGCAGCAGUGGAUCAAGAGCUCCGACACACGCUGCUGCGAGCUCUGCAAGUACGACUUCAUCAUGGAGACCAAGCUCAAACCACUCCAAAAGUGGGAGAAGCUUCAGAUGACCGCCAGCGAGAGGAGGAAGAUCAUGUGCUCGGUCACUUUUCACGUCAUCGCCAUCACAUGUGUGGUCUGGUCGCUCUACGUCCUCAUUGACCGCACAGCAGAGGAGAUCAAACAAGCGGGGAGAAUACCAGGGAUACUGGAAUGGCCUUUUUGGACCAAACUGGUGGUGGUGGCUAUAGGCUUCACUGGCGGACUGGUGUUCAUGUACGUGCAAUGCAAGGUCUACAUCCAGUUGUGGAAGAGACUCAAGGCCUACAACAGAGUAAUAUAUGUGCAGAACCGCCCAGAGACCUGUAAAAAGAACGUUUUUGAUAAGCCCUCUCUUCUGGAGCCCAACCUGGAGAAUAAAGAGGCGCUCGGGCCGGCGCAGUCGGACACAAACUCUUCCCAGUACACAGAGACCGAGGACUACAGUAUGGAGAUCCUGCACGUCUGAUGGCUUGGCCCACAUUUACCCCCAACUCUAGAGGACCGGCUGGGGCGUCGCAUGCUCCGGGACACACGGGGAUGCCACACAGCACCGGGCACGAGGACUGUCUGAGACUAAGACUCGUUUUGUUGUUUCGAUGUUAUUUUCUCUUCGUUCGUUUGUCCAACCUGUUCCUGUGAGUUGUUGGCUAACCAUAAUGAAUCGGUGUGUGCACUAGAUCGCGGAUCUUUCCAGCUACUGCCAUUGUACUGCUGUCGUACAUCAGUUGAAGUCCACCGUUCGAGCUGUGUAUGUGCGCUGGUUCUGAUGGAGUCGAUGAAUAGAAGCACUUUUAAUUUCCCUGUUCUAAAGAGCCCUGUUUUAGUAAUAUAUUCAUUCCCUUUGUACGUGGAUAAGACAUUAAAACAAACUUGAAGCUUUGCGAGUGAGAUCUCGCGUGUUAUAAGUGCAUCUGUGUCUCCUCAAACCCCUCAGAUGGAACAAAAAAGGAAUCGGAAGGAGCAAUGAGGGACCAUUCAUGUACUGUUAUGUAUCAUUCCACUUAUUUUAGAAAAUUGUUAUGACUGAGUAAAUUCUGAAUUUAGUCAACCUAGGCUUUGUUUUGUAUCAGCUGAUUACUAAAUCUGGAUCAUCUAAUUACAAUACUUAUCCUGUUAAGGGCUAGAUUUACUAAAGUGUGACGCUACAGUUCUUAGCAUGUGCAAAAAUGAUCCCAUACGGUCAUUUCUGCAUUUGCUGAAGACUUCACUGCACUCGUGAAAGACUUUAAUAAAUCCGGCCUUAAAGUGUAUGUCGCGAAUGUAAAAAAGUUCAAAUUGAGGGAAAUUUAGGAAUGCAAGUUUGCAAUGAAUCAGUCAUGAAUUCUGUGUGUGAAAGAGAUUUACCUUCAUUAUGAAUUUUACCUUUUUAACGUUCUAAAUCCAAGAUUUCUUUCUUUCUGUUCUUUUAUAAAAUGGAUGAUUAAAGGUCUGCCAUUACUUCUGAGUUGAUUUCAAAUCACUUGAAUAACAGGAAUGAGGUUUUAGCAAUGAUGAAAUGAUGACAGGACUAUUACCCCCGUUCUGCUUGUUUGCUCAGAUUUGGAAAACAAUCAUAGCAAAUUUCCCAUGGGUGUAAUUUCAGGUCUGUAUUUAUUCUGAAAUAUUGUUUAGCGUUCCAAUGGCUUUAAAUGUUGGGAAAAAGCCAUGUUCGUUUUGGCCUUCAUUCUAAUAUGAAUUGACCUGGACAUACGACUUUGAUUGACGCCCCCAGCAAAGAUCAUUUUUAUGGGCUGUGCUUCUUAUGAACUCUAUUGUGAAUGAAUCUUUUCAUGCUCUGAUAUGUUCAAAAGGUACAAGAUACUUCUAGAGCUACUGCACAGACAAUGCACAUUCAUAAUUUUUUUAACCUCUUCUGACUGGCUUUGUGCCAUUUGACCAAUAAAAGAUGCUUGAUGUUCAGUUUGCUAAUGGCAUAGCUUUUUGUAUUCCUUAUCUUAGAGUUUGUCUGUACGUGACCAAGCAUAUUCUUUGGACAACGUCACAAUGUAUGCACUACAACAAUGCAUUAAUGCAACUCCGUCAGCUUUGAGAACAUCCAAAUGAAGCCAUUUUUUGCUUUUUGUUGGAGAUGUGAUGUGUGGAUGCGUUUUGCCAGUAAAUCCUUCCCAGCCCCAUAGCCUAGCGAUAUGAGACAUUUAACUUAGUUUUAUGGCAGUAAUUAAGAUUCAGUGUAUACAUUUCCCAAGUUGGUUUCUUUGAUUGCAUAUUUGUAAAAUGAUGGGAGCUGGCUCCUUUUACCAUCUAGUGAUGGAAACACUGAAACACAUAGGCAUUUUCCAGGAUCUUUUUAGCACUGCACUGCAUCAUAUUUUGAUGGAUGUGUUUUAGAGUGCAGUAAUAGUCUUGUGUGUUUCAUGGCUCGUCAUAGAGGUGUUCAGUACAUCACUAAUGAAUUGGCUUGAACACGGAUAACAUGACUGUUUCUUGCAUCUCCCUCUUAUUUCUUGUACUUUUUCCUCUAGUAGUAAAUAGUUUCUAUAAGCAUUUUUGAGCAUUAAAAAACAACCAAAUAUAGGAAAUGUAGAAGUUAUUUUCACCAGCCUGUGUUGUAUCCGAUGUUUGUUUUUAUAAAUUACUGUAAUAACGGGUGAUUAAAGGUCUGAAAACUGCCUGGAUAUGUUGAACGAAUUAUUUCCCAUAGGAAAGGUAAAUGAUGUUCUUAAUUGGUCAUUUAUGUGUGUCAAGGCCUUUAAUAAACACUGUGUCAAGUAGAUAACAUCAGUGGAGUUGAUCAAGCAUUUCACGUCGUGGCUUUCUCGGUGGAUAAAUACUUUUUUGUGAAACUGAAAAGGCUGUAAUUUACAUGUAUAGUUUUGUAUUUUAUGUAUGUUUCUCUUUUUUCCCCGUCAGUAUUACCGCCUUUAUGUGGUUGGUUUUAGUUUCUUCGCUGAGAUAUGAGUGACUACAUUUGUGCUGUGUUUUUAAAGGGAGUCUGAGUGGAGCAAUAAAAGAAAUCUUAAAUUA